AUGAGACUCCUUCUAUCUCCUUUGGCUGUCAUUGUCGGCACCCCACUGGCUGCAGGCUAUCUGGUGGCUCCUCCAGGAACUGCUUUCCCAGGCACUAUAUCGACUUGCAGUGAAUGGGUUGCUUACGCCUCGGGCAUGACCUGUGCCUCAAUUGAAAGCACAUAUGGAAUUACUGCAGCAGAGUUUGCUACUUGGAACCCGGACUGCGUUUUAGGUGGCUCAUGCUCAGUGAUUACUGGCUUCGACUACUGCAUCGAAGUCAAUUACGGCACUAUUUCUGCGUCAUCUGCUUCGUCCACCACGAGCACUUCUACUCAAACUACAUUUGUCACCUCUACCACUACAACGGCUGGGAAUGGAGUAACUACUCCAACUCCAAUUCAAGCUGGGAUGGUUGACAACUGUAACAGUUUCCAUAUGGUAGUCAGCGAUGAUACUUGCGCUACCAUUGCCUCCGCAGCUGGAAUUUCCCAGACUGAUUUCGCCGACUACAAUCCUGGUGUUGGCAGCGGAUGUUCUUCCCUCUGGCUUGGCUACUAUGUCUGCACUGGUAUCAUCGGCGAGACUGCUAGCAAAACCACCGUAGCCUCGACUACCACCGCAGGAAAUGGAAUCACUACUCCAACCCCUACUCAAACCGGCAUGGUCGAUAACUGCAACAGCUUCCACAUGGUUGACAGUGGUGAUUCGUGUCAAACUAUUGCCACAGCCGCAGGAAUUGUUCUGGCUGACUUCUACUCCUGGAACUCCGGUGUCGGCAGUGGUUGCUCUUCUCUCUGGCUUGGAUACUACGUCUGUACUGGUGUGGUCGGAUCUACUCCCACAACUACUGCAGCAACUACAACAACCGCUGGCAAUGGAAUCAGUACUCCCACUCCCACCCAAGCUGGCAUGGUCGGUAACUGUAAUAGCUUCCAUAUGGUAGUUAGCGACGAUACAUGUGCCACCAUUGCAUCGGAAGCGGGCAUCUCCACCACAGACUUUUACUCAUGGAACUCCGGUGUUGGUAGCGGCUGCUCCUCGCUCUGGCUUGGCUAUUAUGUCUGCACCGGAGUUAUCGGAUCCACCCCCACAACUACCAAGAAGACUACUACUUCAACCGGGAAUGGGGUUACCACUCCGACCCCUACUCAGCCUGGAAUUGUUAGUAACUGUAACAAAUUCCACGAAGUUGUUAGCGGGGACGGGUGUCAGGCCAUUGCUAAUGCGGCGGGUAUUACUUUGGCCCAGUUUGAAGCAUGGAACACUCAAGUGGGCAGCAGCUGCUCUACAUUGUGGUUGGGCUAUUACGUUUGUAUUGGAAUCCUUUAG